AUGGGUCGACCGCCUUCAAAAGUGUUCGUGAAACAGUCUGGUCCAUCUGUAUGGCCAAAAACCUGUCCAAUAGGUUAUUCUCAACAUUUGGGAGCCGUUGAAGAAGACUGUGAGAUCAACUUCUGCGUGAAGUCCAAUAUAUUUAACAGCCAGGGAUUUCCCAUCAUCAAAAGACCUCCUUACUCGAAUGCGCCCAAAAUUUACAAAUACACCGUGCCCUUGCUUGUGGUUAACAAUGACACCGGACAUAUUUGGUUUAAACGAUCCAACUCACCACAUUGGGUUUUGGCCACUAAAAGCUCUGUCGCUGAACUCGCAGCCGAAUUCAACCUAGAUGGUCCUGCGAUAAUAGGUAUGGAUCCGAAACAAAGUUCCCGUGAUGCCAUGGGUGCCGGGGCCGCGGCUGGUAUGACAUUCGGCGUGACAGCAUUGGCGGGAUUGCUGAUCGCAGUCAUGGUCAUUGGCUGGCGUCGCCAUAAGACCAUUCAAAGAGAGAGCAGCGAUUUGAUGGAGCCAUUGAAUCCCCCUGGGUACGGCGCAAUUAAUGAGCAAGGAAGCCCACGAGUUUGAAUUACCCCAGAACUUUUUUCUUUUUUCCCAAACUUAACAAACGUAAAUAGGAAAUUUGUGUAGAUAAUAACUUGGUGUCUCUUUAAACGUUUUUAAAGUUGAUCUAUUGUCUUAGUUUUUCCCGUAAAUUCGUUUUUGAAGUUACAUUGUUUUCAGCAUUUGUUCUAAUGUAAGUGUGAUGGAAGAAUUAACCCUAAUUUUUGAGGUGCAGACAAUGUAAGCACAGGAGGUUUUGUUUGACAGAGUACUGUUACACCUGUUUACACGAUGAUAUUGAGUGUCUGAAAACCAGAACCAAAGUAAUCACAACUUCCAAUCAGAAGAAAGAAAAAUACUUUAAAAGCCAAUGACAACUUAAAGUAAAGACCACCGAAUUGCCUCAAGCGCGGGAAAACGUGAGCGACUGAGUCGUGAAUUGCUUAGAAUUUUGAUCUUAUUGGUCGAGUUUUCUGCAACAACUAUAGAUCGAAGAAGAACGAAAACAAAGCAAUCUUGGAUUAUAACACUCAAUUGAAAAUUUUCUCUGUAUUGUGUCGGACAAACGCUGGAUUACUAUUUUGUGCUCUCUAACUACUUAUAUAGAACUGUGUUGAUUACGGUAUAAUCUUAAAAGUUAUUCUGCCUAUUCAGUAGUCGGUUUAGAGAAGUUAUUUUGCAUUGAAUCACGUUGAAAAACAAUGAAUAGACGAAUAAAUACAUAAAUAGAUAUA